AUGUCUGACAUCUGUGGUUUCCAGGAAUUCCACGAUCUGACAUUACAAGCGCACAUCUUUCCUGGUCGCCGUCAUCAUCCUCGACCAAAGAUGGCUCAAGUCCAAACACUGCGAUACACAGUAUGGUAUAUGCCCCCUAGCACUAUGCCCAAGUUUUUGUUGAACCGACAGUGGGGCAACUGCUCUCUGGACGAAUUGCGUGCUUGCGUGUUUGUCUGCUUUUCUGUCCAUACUGCGGCUGAUGCCGUCCACGAGCGAUGA